CGGGAAGGCGGGGCGGGCGGAGGCUGGAAGAGCCGGGCGGCGAGACCUGGGCGCGGGAGCUGGGCCUCGGUCCGUUCCCUGGGAUAAUGUGUCUGGAUACAUCAGUACCACCUGCCUAGGUGGCUCAGGAACAAGCAUAUUUGAUGCAGUUGAAGGAAAAACCUGAAAGGCAGCUGUCUCCGCGUGUGUGUCUUGGAGAAGUAGGACCCAUUAGGAACAAUGCCGCCACCAUCAGACAUUGUCAAAGUGGCCAUUGAGUGGCCAGGUGCUAAUGCCCAGCUCCUUGAAAUCGACCAGAAACGGCCUCUGGCAUCCGUCAUCAAGGAAGUUUGUGAUGGGUGGUCAUUGCCGAAUCCAGAGUAUUACACUCUGCGUUAUGCAGAUGGGCCUCAGCUCUACAUCACGGAACAGACUCGCAGUGACAUUAAGAAUGGAACAAUCUUACAGCUGGCUAUCUCCCCGUCCCGGGCCGCACGCCAGCUGAUGGAGAGGACCCAGUCAUCCAACAUGGAGACCCGGCUGGAUGCCAUGAAGGAGCUGGCCAAGCUCUCUGCUGACAUUACCUUCGCCACCGAGUUCAUCAACAUGGAUGGCAUCGUUGUGCUGACGCGGCUUGUGGAAAGUGGAACCAAGCUCUUGUCCCACUACAGUGAGAUGCUGGCAUUCACCCUGACUGCCUUCUUAGAGCUCAUGGACCAUGGCAUUGUCUCCUGGGACAUGGUUUCCAUCACCUUCAUUAAGCAGAUUGCAGGGUACGUGAGCCAGCCCAUGGUAGAUGUAUCCAUCCUUCAGAGGUCCCUGGCCAUCCUGGAGAGCAUGGUCCUGAACAGCCAGAGUCUGUACCAGAAGAUAGCAGAGGAAAUCACUGUGGGACAGCUCAUCUCUCACCUCCAGGUCUCCAACCAGGAAAUUCAGACCUACGCCAUUGCCCUGAUUAACGCACUUUUUCUGAAGGCUCCUGAGGACAAGCGACAGGAUAUGGCCAAUGCAUUUGCCCAGAAGCACCUUCGGUCCAUAAUCCUCAAUCACGUGAUCCGGGGGAACCGCCCAAUCAAAACCGAGAUGGCCCAUCAGCUGUAUGUCCUGCAAGUCCUGACCUUUAACCUUCUGGAAGAAAGGAUGAUGACCAAGAUGGACCCCAACGACCAGGCUCAAAGAGACAUUAUAUUUGAACUGAGGAGGAUUGCAUUUGACGCAGAGUCUGACCCGAGCAACGUCCCCGGGAGUGGGACUGAAAAACGCAAAGCCAUGUAUACCAAGGACUACAAAAUGCUGGGAUUUACUAACCAUAUCAACCCAGCAAUGGACUUCACCCAGACUCCUCCUGGAAUGCUGGCCUUGGACAACAUGCUGUACUUGGCUAAAGUCCAUCAGGAUACCUACAUCCGGAUCGUCCUGGAGAACAGCAGCCGAGAAGACAAGCACGAGUGCCCCUUCGGCCGCAGUGCCAUCGAGCUCACGAAAAUGCUCUGUGAAAUCCUCCAGGUUGGGGAGCUGCCAAAUGAAGGACGCAACGACUACCACCCUAUGUUCUUUACCCACGACCGGGCCUUCGAAGAGCUCUUCGGAAUCUGCAUCCAGUUGUUGAACAAGACCUGGAAAGAGAUGAGGGCGACAGCUGAGGACUUCAACAAGGUCAUGCAAGUGGUCCGAGAGCAAAUCACGCGUGCCCUGCCCUCCAAGCCCAGCUCCUUGGAUCAGUUCAAGAGCAAACUGCGCAGCCUGAGCUACUCUGAGAUCCUGCGACUGCGCCAGUCCGAGAGGAUGAGUCAGGAUGACUUUCAGUCCCCGCCAAUCGUGGAGCUGAGGGAGAAGAUCCAGCCCGAGAUCCUUGAGCUGAUCAAGCAGCAGCGCCUCAACCGGCUCUGUGAGGGCAGCAGCUUCCGGAAGAUCGGGAAUCGCCGAAGGCAAGAACGUUUCUGGUACUGCCGCUUGGCACUGAACCACAAGGUCCUGCACUAUGGUGACUUGGAUGACAACCCUCAAGGGGAGGUGACAUUUGAAUCCCUGCAGGAGAAAAUUCCUGUUGCAGACAUUAAGGCUAUUGUCACUGGGAAAGAUUGUCCCCACAUGAAAGAGAAAAGUGCUCUGAAACAGAACAAGGAGGUGUUGGAAUUGGCUUUCUCCAUCCUUUAUGACCCCGAUGAGACCUUAAACUUCAUUGCGCCUAAUAAGUACGAGUACUGCAUCUGGAUUGACGGCCUCAGCGCCCUUCUGGGGAAGGACAUGUCCAGCGAGCUGACCAAGAGUGACCUGGACACCCUGCUGAGCAUGGAGAUGAAGCUGCGGCUCCUGGACCUGGAGAACAUCCAGAUUCCCGAAGCGCCACCGCCAGUGCCCAAGGAGCCCAGCAGCUAUGACUUUGUCUAUCACUACGGCUGAGACUGGAGCCAGAGGCGACGGUACCCAGGAAGGGAUUUGGGGCCCCGGAAGAACACUCACAGUCUGGUGCCUUGUCUUUUGCUUGUACAGAAUCUGUAGUGACCAUGGUGGCCAGUAAAUGCCAGCUGUUCCUCACAUCCAGUGCAGACCACCCAGAGCUUCCUUGGUCCCUGUGGAGCCUGGGUUCAGGCCUUGAGGAGUGAAUAGCAGAUGCCCUUGCCUUCCAGGCCAAGAAACUGCUUCUUGAGCUGGAUUUAACAACAGCCACUCACCUUUUCUUCCUGAGCCUGCUCUCCAGUCAGCUGGAUUCCUAUGUGGGCAAGAGCUGGCCCAGGAAAGGCUGCCUGCAAAGGACAGGUGUGCUAGGCAUGUUGAGAGUCUCGGAGAAGCCGCCUUUCGGUGACCCGUGCCUGAGUCUCAGAUCCAAGCAGAAGCCCUGCCCUCACUCGCUCCGGCCUCACACAGGGCCAACAUGCUGCUGCUGCUGAGGUCUGGCUCUGACAUCUCUGCUCUCCGGAGCCACCAGGUCUCCCUCGCCCACACAGUUGUCUAGGCAGAUGGAAAUUUCUCCCUACAAGCUCCCAGUCCCUCAUCCCGGCAAGUGAAAGACAUGAGGGCUAAGUUACAAACCUCUCAGUCUCAAGGAACUUUGGAGAGAGAGCCCGGUUCAAUGAGCCUAGAUUCCGCCCCCCCUCCCCCAACAUUUAUAUCUUUACCUUCUUGGGGGAGAAAUCUCCCACCUAAACUGAAUUGCAGCCUCCUCCAGUUCGCUUUCCUUUGGGCUUCCAGACCUCAGGAAGUUUGCCUUCCCUUCCUCUCCAUCCCAGCGCUGUGGUUCCUGCCAUUGACCAUGAUUUCAGGGGGCUGGCUGAGGCCACAGCUGUGCCAACAGGGCUUCCCUGGUGCUGUUGCACUUGUAAACCACACGCGCGGUCUCUCUCCUUGGACUUAGUGAACACAGUGGCAUUGAGUAUUGGUAGCCUGGCAUGGUAGGUACUGCCCAAUGAAGAGUGUACUAUAUAUUUUCUUUACUAUAGGCCAUACUUAUACAGACAUGUAUAUAUAUUUAUAUAAGAUCCACCUAUCCUAGGAUGGAAUGUUUGAGGGGAAAAUAAAAUUGGAGGCCCAAAAAAAGUAACAUUUGUAGUUGUGAGCCAAGACUGUAACCUGAGAGCAGCCAGGAGCUUCCUGUCAGUAACCAUGUUUUCAAUAAAUACUCUUUCAUGUACAAA